AUGUCUUCAAACCAACACAACAAUCCUCUCUCGCACUUCCAAUCAGCCAACCUAUUCGACGUCGCCGGCCUAGUCGCAGUCGUCACUGGCGGCAGCUCCGGUCUUGGACUCUACGCCGCCCAUGCGCUCGCAUCCAACGGUGCGCUAGUCUACAUCCUUGGUCGACGCAAACCCCUUCUCGACACCACUGUUUCCCAGUUCCACUCUCUUCUUCCCGACCCAUCCUCCCGCAAGUCUGGAGACUUGGUCGCUGUUCAAGCUGACAUCACAUCCAAAGAGUCACUUACUGCUGCUCGAGAGUUUAUCACCACCGACCUGGCUCAGCAGGGGAAGAAAGGUAUUCAGACAUUGAUCUGUAAUGCUGGUAUCGGUGGGAAAUUCCUCCGUUCCUAUGGUCAACAUCCUCCCUCUGUCCCAAACCCAAAGUCUCAGGCUGAAAAGGAUAGGGAGUUUGGCGAGAUAGUUGAUGAGCUAUGGUCGUUUAGCCAAUCCGACUGCGCCGCAAUACUGAACACCAAUGUCACUGGAAACUAUCUUACCGCUCUAGCUUUCCUACCCCUCCUCAAAGCAGGAACCUCGCCAGACUAUCUCUCUCAAACAAUCUUGAUCUCUUCCAACGCUGCUUGGGCAAAAGUCCCACUGCUGAACCCCAUCUACAACAUCUCCAAAACCGCCGUCUCACAUCUGGGUCAGAUUCUGUCGACGAUGUUUUGCGACCACGGAUUGCGAACCAACAUCAUCGAACCAGGUCUCUAUCCAAGCGACCUAACCAGUACAGAAGGAAGAGACGAAACCACAGGUCAUGGAAAGCUAAGUCACACAAACGGAGCAGAUAUCCCAAUCGGCAGGUGUGGUAAACCGGAAGAAGAGCAUGCCAGUGCGGUCUUGUAUCUGGCUAGUAGAAACAGUCAAUUUGCCAACGGAGCCAGGAUAAGGGUCGAUGGUGCGGCAUUGCAGAAAUUGCCUGCUUCUGAUUGA